AUGAACAAAGCAGUUGACUUCAAACGCGAUUUUAUGCGUUCAGUACACUGGUCAAAAGGAUUUAGAGACAACUUAGAUGAUCUCCCAGAUAGAGCUUGCCACCCGGACUACGUGAAUAAACAAACAACAAAGAAAGUGACACCACAAAGUAAAAUUGCUGCAGCAAAACGUUCUCUGAGUACGACUAAGCAAACAAACACCAAGAGAAGGAAACUCAUACGUUCAUCCUGUUCACUUGACUUUAAUUCAGAUGAAUCUAAAUUUGACGUAAUGCAAAAAGAAUUACAAGAGCUCAAAGAAAAGCUAGAGAACAAAACCGAAGAGGCAAACAGACUGUCUCAGCAAGUGAAAGACCUCACUGAAAAAAAUGACAGUUUAAGCAAGCAGAUCGCACAAUUUAAAGGGAAGAUGAAAGACUUGACAUUUUCAUAUGAAUGUCUCAAGUUAUGACCCAAAAGAUUUUCUUACAUGAGUGGAUUAACUGUUGAUGAUUUUAAUUGUGUUUUGGAAUGCAUCGAGCCAUAUAUUUCUGUAAUAAUUUAUCCUGAUUGCAAAGCUAACCAAGAUGGGCAAAGAAAACUCACAAAGAGAACUGGAUUGUUGUGUUAUUUUACAAUAUGCCGUCAUACAUUGCACCUUGGAGUCAUGGCUUUCCUCACGAACACAAGUGAUUCAACUAUAUCCCGUAUUUUUUCUGCAUGUUCAAUAUUUCUUUCAACUCUUUUUGACUCUAUUGACCUCAGUCCAUACCUGGGGGAAGUUAUUUCAUUGUUACCCAAAGAGUUUUGGUCUUCUGGUUUUCAGGACACUGUACUAUUAGGGGACUGUACAGAAAACUGGAUCUCAUCACCUGAAAACUAUGAUGUGAGUAGUGCAACAUUUAGUAAUUACAAGAACCAUGACACUGGUAAGACAGGCAUAUGGAUGACUCCAUAUGGUGGCUUGGUGAUGUGUACAGAUACCUAUCCUGGAGGAAUAACAGACAAUGAAUUAACUGAACAAUGUGGAGUUUUAGAUAUGGUAAAAGAGAAGGGUACUACUGUACUCACUGACAAGGGGUUUGGCAUCAAAGACUUAUGCCACUCAAAAGGACUGCUUCACAAUCGGCCACCAAUGAAAAUGAAUCCUCAGUAUGAUGAAAGUGAGAUUAGCAAAAAUUUUGAUGUUGCUACACUGCGCAUUUAUAAUGAAAACUUUAUUGGCCGUAUGAGAGACUGGUCAAUCUUAAAUGCAUGCUGGCCAAAGAAUAGAUGUGACCUUCUGGGUUGCACCUAU